AUGGCCUCUCAUCGUGCUGAUGCCAGCUCAUUCCUGGACAAUCGGGGCUACAGCGGCCCCCUCGUGCGUGGUGUGAACCCGGUUACUCUUUUUGAGAAGGCUGUACGUGAUCGCAUCACGGACUCCUACUAUUGGAAGGAGCAGUGCUUCGGUUUGAACGCAGCCACCCUGUGCGAUCGCGCCGUUGAACUGAGCUCUAUUGGUGGUACCUAUGGUAUCUCCGAGAAACCAUCACCUUUUCUCUGCCUCGCCUUCAAGCUUCUCCAGCUCAACCCCGACCGAGACGUCAUCCUCGAGUACCUGAACUUCUCCGACCCCGGCAGUGACGAGGAGGGCGAAAACCCAGAAAACGGAGUUGUCAAGGAGCGCGGUGAUUUCAAAUACCUUCGAGCGCUCGCUGCAUUCUACGUACGUCUCACUUUCGAUGCGGUCGAUGUGUACAAGACCCUAGAGCCCCUUCUGCUCGACUACCGGAAAAUAAAGCGACGGAUUCGCGACACAUAUACCCUUACCUACAUCGACCAGUUUGUUGAUGACCUUCUCACCAAGGACCGUGUAUGUGGCACUAGUCUUUGGAAGUUGCCGCCGCGGCGACAACUGGAGGAUCUGGAGAUGCUGGAUGAACGGAUAAGCCCCCUGGCGGACGAGCUGGAAGCACUCGACCGGGAUAGCAACGAUGGGGAGGAAGAUGCAGAUCGCAACCGCAGUGACAACGACUCCUCCGGUAGGCGAGAUGAGGGCGAUGAUUGA